AUGGAAGGCGAAGAAGCGGCGGGCGUCUCUUCGCCUGCCGCCGUAGAGGAGACGAGGCGAUGUGUGGUGCGCCUGGCUCCGCGCAUAGACGGCAGGGGAUUCCCUCGGAUCAACGGUCAAUCGGACGAAGCUUCUUCUGUCGGCGAAGCCAGUUCCUCCGCCGGAGACGCAGUCCAGCCGCUGCCAUCCGAAGCCGAGGACCAGCCGCCUGAAGAGGAAGAUGAGUCUGGCGUCUCGCUCCUCGACCUCGUUCUUCCAGACGCUGGGCACCGCGCGAGGCUUUCCCCGGAGACUGCCGAUGGAGAGUCGGCGGGCCAGACGCGCUUCCAGCUGCCUCUUCUUCUCUCAGAUCGAGUCGCACAGCGAGCAACGCCUCCGCAUCUUCCUGCGCAGAGAUCUGUCGACGUACAGCAGUCGAGGACAGAGCUGAGUGCAGGAGAGGCUCUCGGAGCCAGAACGCCGCAGACGCCCGGCGAGGGACGAGGCCAGCGAGAGCGCGCGAGAAAAGGACGAGAAGAUGAAGGGGAAAGAGCACAGGAAAGCCAAACCGAGAGCCCAGAAGAGUCUCCGAGCACACUGCUGUUUUCGGAUUUCAACUUGCAUGCAGAUCUGCUCAAGAGCCUCGCCAGAAUGAAACUCCACGUUCCUGCCCCAGUCCAGUGCGCGGCGAUUCCUCCAGCGCUCGAGGGUCGCGACUUGAUCGUGCAGGCCAAGUCUGGAACUGGAAAGACCGUUGCCUUCUGCCUGGGGCUUCUUCAGCGGGUCGUCGAGGAAGUCGAAAAAUGCAAGCGUGAUGUCGCGUUGGAGAGCGAGGUUUCGUCGCCUCGCAUCCGUCACUCAUCGUCUUCUCCUCCCUCUGCUGCGGCGCCAUCUUCUCCGGAGUUUCCUUCUGGAGGCGUCCCUGGAGCUUCCCCCCGCUCUCCCGGCUCUGCAUGCGCAGACGCUGGAAGCAGAACGCGGAACGCAGCUGUUGGAUUUGGACUUGUUGUCACACCCACACGAGAGCUCGCGGUCCAAAUUGCCAACGAGAUGGGACGCCUCGCUUGGUGUCUCCGGCCGAUCGUCCGCGUCGCCUGCCUGUUCGGGGGGCGGCCUCUCAGCGUCUGUCAGCAGCAACUCCGGGUGAAGCCGCAUGUCCUCGUCACGACACCAGGACGCCUGCUGAGUCUGUUGCGAAACAAAGGAACGCAGAAAGUUCUCGCUGGCUGGCCAUGCACCUGCAGCACUGCACGAAGGCCGCCUCCGAGCGAACCCCCGCGGGGCGCAGAGGACGGAGAAGAGCGCGGCGAAGACGCCGCAAAAACCGCCGCAGAAGACGCCGGAGAAAGGCGGGAUGGAGCACCAGACGAAGAGACAGGAGGAGACAAGGAGCAGAGUGGAGGCGGAGAAGAGAGAGGAGCAGAGAUCCAAAGAGAUUCGAGCGUCGAGGAGAGUCCAGUUGAAUCGUGGAGAGAGAGUGAGAAGAGUCAAGACCUGAGAUUCGCAGAAAACAGCCAAGAGAGCAGACGCGAAGCGAUGGCGACAGAGAAGACCGAAGACGAGCCGUCAAGUCCUCCAGACGAAAGAGCGAAGACGGCAGCGCCCGAAGAGACGGAGAUAUCUGGCUCUCGAGAGGAAGGAAAGAAAGCGAAGAAGAAACGAAACGAGGAAACCAGAUUCUGCAGGACUUGUCGACGAUUGUCUGCUGCUGCGCGGCUCAAGCGCCAGAUGCGCAUGUUCGUCCUUGAUGAGGCAGACCUUCUUUUGGAUCACUUCUUUCGUCCUCAAAUCCGGUCCCUGUUGACGUCGCUGCUGGUUCGACGGACGCAGCUGCUGGCGUUCUCAGCGACGUUUCCCUCGCCUCUCUUGUCGUUUCUUGAAGACUUGGUGGAGUCGCUGGAUGCGCGCAGCAUCGCGGCGCAGCGGGAGAGACUUGCCAAGUCGAGCAGCGAGAGUCAAAGGCAGCGCGCCCUCGCCUUCGUAGCAGCUCACGCAGAGGCGCGCCGGCGCGGAGAGAACGCGAGGGCAGUUGUGGAGGGAUUUCUUGCAGGUUCGAGGGGAGGCGGCUGCGUGGAGGGAGAAGAAGGAGUGAGAGCUGAGCGGCGAACUGAGGCAGAGGUUGCGUUCCUCUCGGUGGAAGCGAAGAGCGAAGUGGAGAGAGGACUCCCUUCUGAAAACGACGGAGAACGGGAGGGCGUCAUGGAAAUCUCAGGAUCGGGUGCACAGCAGGAGGCGCGAGCGACGGACGACGAGAGCGAGGCUGACCAGGAAGGUGAGGACGCACCUGAGGUUCGAACUGAGAGCUCAAGUAGGAAACGCGAGGCGAACGCAGUUGAAAGGGAGACGCAGACGCCGACUGAGGACGGGACUAAGCCAGCCGAUGCAAACGAAACAACAGAUGCUCAAGACUGCUUGUGCGAGCCUAGGGUGUUCCAGAAGAUUCUUCUCUGUUCCUCGCGGAUUGUUCACGAGCCAAAGAGCGCCGCGGCGCCUCUUGGAGGCACACGAAGCCGCACAGCAGCAGAGGCGGCGCAGGCCAUCGCCGCGGCUCUCGCAGAGAAAAGGCGCUCCGGGGAUUCCAGCGAAGCAGACGCAGAAAACGAAGCAGAGGACGCGGCUCCGGGAGAACGCGAAGGAGAAGGAGACAGCAGAAGAGACAGGGAAGAAGGCGAGAGACGGUGGGCUGUGGGGGUCGGAAGGGGGAUGGCAACGGAGGAACGGGAUGCAGGCAGAGGAGCGGAUCGUUUGGAAGAGGAGAAGAGGCGCGACGCUGAAAGUCGCGGGCAUGCAGAGAUCAGAGAGAAGAUGAAAGAAGAACAAAAGCGUCAGCUCGUCGUAGAGGGAGGCGAUGGCGGCGAGUGGCGAGGGCAGGAAGAGAGCGGAGCAAAGAAAUCGGACAACGCCGGAGAGACAGAGCGUUCGCUGACAAACGGGUGCAAGUCAAAGAACAGCGUCUUCGUCGGUGGUGAUCAGAAACGACAAACGGGGACAGACGAGACAGAGGGACAUGCUUCGCUGCUCGUGGAGACAACAGCGGCCUCGGAGAGCAGAGACGAGGUUGGAGAAAAGACGAAGGCAGCUAACACAACCACAAGCAGCGGGAGAGAGCCAAACAAUUUCUGCCAUGAAGCGAAUGGCCGACGGUCUCCAGGGCGGAGUCCCUCGGCAUCGUCUGCUUUCUCUUCCGCCGCGCAGACAGAGUCGAAACGUUCCUCUCUUCACCUCUCAGGCGGUCUCGCAAAGCCGCGGGUGCCUUCUCCGCUUCUCGUCGGCCUCCACUACGCGCUCCUGGUCGUCCCCGACCAACCGACGGUCCUGCGCGAACUCGGCGCGAAAGUUCAAGUCCUCUUGCGCGUCUUAACGACUCUGCCUUUCCGGCAGGCAGUUGUCUUUUGUAACAGCUUCGAUUCAGGCGCGCAGGUCGCCAACUGCCUCAACCAGCUCGGGGUGGCUGCGCUCUACACGAGCGCUCGGCUGAGACAAGAAGAUCGCGUUCGAGCUCUGCUGUCGCUCAAACGCGUCGGCUGUCGCGUUCUCGUCUGCUCCGAUGUGAUCAGUCGCGGCAUCGACGCGGCGGGCGUUGACUUGACGGUCAAUGUGGACCUGCCGAUGGACUCGCAAACAUUUCUUCAUCGGAGCGGGCGCGCAGGGCGUUUCGGAGGGAACGGCUUCUGCGUUUCGAUUUCGACUGAGAACGAGAGGCCCUGUUGGGAGUACCUCGCGGCUUCCUUCAAAAUCUCUCUGCAUACGUCGCUGGAGAGCCUCGAGGCCUUGGCGCGCCAACAGGCUCUCGCCCACGGCGUCGGCGAUGAGGACGACGCAGAGCGCGAGGAGGCGCCGCCCUCUCCCCCGAAGAGCAGUGGCUCUGUUGCCAGCCAGAUCCGCGAAGAACCGACGACGGCCUGCAGUGGAAGACCUCGAGAGAACUCAGAGUCCUUCGGAGAUGUGCAGAAAGCUGAACGAACUCUGGAACUCCCCGUCCAAGCGAGUGCAGGAGCGCCGAGUCCGGGGCGAGACCUGGCAGAGUCGGUGCAAGAGGCACCCGAGACGCAAUCUUGCCUGGCUUCGUCUCCGAGUCCUCAGCGUGAAGAAGCAACUUCAACAAAGGCUCUUGAUUCGCCGUCUUCUGCUGGAGCGGCGUCUCCACCUGGCUGUCCUUCCUCUGUUUCUUCUUCCGCUUCUGUCGCUUUCUUUUCUCCCUCAGUGUCUCCUUCAUCGACAUGCCUGCGUCCAGACUCCACGCCCAGUGGAAGGCUCCAUGGAAGCCGAGACGCGAGUCCCCAGAGCUCUCACGCGAAUGCCUGGGCCGCGCGACCGCCUCCGCAGGAAGCGCCGGUCUCUCAGUCAUCUCGAAACGAAUCGUGGAGCGGGCAGAGAGAUCAACGCCGUGAUGUUUCAGGAGACACAACCGUCUGCCCUGACAGCCUCAUGAAGAAGAGUGCCAUAGUCUCCACAGGCUCUGCUCCUGCGGACGCUCUGUCCUCUCCGUUACAUUCGGUUGCUCAGCGGUUGGUGUCUUCCCUCACGGAUUCUUCUCGACAGGCCUCUUCCACGCGCCGGGAUGUGAGCAUGUCUGCCCAUGCAGAGGACGAGACUCAGGGGAGAAGUUUCAGACAUGUUGUUCUUCUCUCCGUUCCUCUGUUGGGGUAUUGUGUCAACGAGACAUCUGUUCUCGGAUCUUUGCCCUCUCCAUUGUCGCCUAUACCUCCUCCCUACGCUUCGUCUUCUCCUCAUGUUCGCGCAUCGUCUCCUUCCUCGUCGGCUGCUUCUUCUUCUUCCGAUGUCGCCUCCUGCGCGUCUCCGCCGCCCGCUGGUGGCAAGUCCUCGAUGUUUCCCUGCUGGUUUCUCAACGUCGAGAAGCGCGCGGCGUCGAAGGCAGACCUCACAGACGACUUCACGGCCGCAGUGCGAGACGAAGCGGUCCUUUGCGCAGUGUCUCCUCAGCUGGCCUGGACGAUCGCCUGCGCCUUCCCAGACAGCGCGAACAUGACUGAAGUUACGUUCCACGAGCGCGAGGUCGUCUACGUUGCCUUUCCUUCGCGUCUGUGCCAGCAGGCGCCCUUGGCUGUCGAAUCGUUUGCUGCCCAUUCAGAUCUCUCGCCCGCGCUUCCCUCUCGUCGCUCUUCUCCCCUCGCUGCUGUUCUCUUCCCCGACGCGCGGAUGCAUGCAGGGGGGGCGCGCGCGCCGGGUGGAGGCGCAGGAAGAGAGGAAGAUGGAAGCAGGCGGAGUAGCCGGAAGGCCGAGAGAAAGGGAGAGACGCGAGGCGAAGGUGAACGAGUGGAAGGCGUCGAAUUGGUCGAAGUGAUGCUCACGAAGAGGUCGGCUUCCAAGUUUUCUGCUCUCGUAGGACUCUCGACGCAGGCGGUCUGGCAGGACUCUGGCGCCGUGCAUGACCCCCCUGAGGCUACGGCGUUCCUGUCGUCCGACAGAGGCGCUCAGGAAACGAGGAGGGAGAUGGCCGAAGACCGUGGAGAGAAACGGAGCGAACAUGCAGAAGGAGGCGCCAAAGAAGUACUCAGACAAGCAACAGAUAGCGAGGAGAGAAGAGAAUCAGACCUGAUGGACAGAGACACAGCGAAGGCAUGCAAGGAAAGAGCAGAACAGGGCGAACCUGUAGAACGCGGUGAGGGAUCAGAGUUGUUGGUUCUUGCCAUGCGCGCGGCGGAUGCAGAGACGUUUUUUCAGAUUUGUUUUGAGCAUUUCACAGCGAAGUCUUCCGCGAAACGACUUGAGAAAGAAUCGAAUCCACCCCACACGGCUCACCCUGUUUUCUUUCCCUCGGUCGCUUCUGCACAUUCGUUUUCUUCUCCGGCUUCCUGCACAGUUUCUCGCACUCCUGCUGAGUUGUGUUCUGCAUCCCUGAGAGAGGAGAGAGCGGAGAAGAAAUCCGAAGCAUAUGCAGUUUCGAGUUCCUCCGCUGGAUCUUUGUCGCUUUCAAAUCACGGGAGGAGCGCGAUGGACAUACGCGAAGAAGAAACAAAGAGUGACAAAAGAUAUCAAGGAAGCGUCUCGGCAAGCAUUGACGCUGAGGCGAUGUUUGCGCUCUUUCGGCUGGGAUGCGCAGCCUUGGAGAGAGAGAGCAGACUCGACGCGCAAACGAAUUUACAGAAGGCGGAGGAAGGGCGCGAAACCGCGAGCUCAGUGGCUGAGUCGGAGACAGACCCGCAGUGCAAGCGCGGCAGAAACGAAAGCAUUCGAGAGUCGAUCAGAGAAAUGAAGUCCCUCCACGCCCUCCUGUGGGCGGCGUGUACAUACACGCAGAGGGGGAAGGCGACAUGCACUGAGGAGAGAAGGAGAAGGGAAGGGUGA